AUGCCCGACGUGGACGAUGCGAUGCCCCGCGCCAAGCGGCUCAAGCUGCUGCGCGAGGCCAAGGCGCGCAAGGAGCGCGGCGAGAGCAACAACGGAGAGGCCGUCGAACUAGUCGCCGCAGCCUUGAAAACAGUCGCAGACGAACCCGCGCAGCAGCAGGAGAAGGAGACGAAGCCACAGGAGGAGCAGGAGGACGCCGAGGUGACCGCAGAAAAGGCCGACGAGAGCGCGCAGGACCUUGUGGAGAAGACGAGAGCGACGACGAGCUGUUGA